UUAUUGCGAGCUAGGGCUCAUGGCUAUGGCGGUGGCGACGAUGGCGGAGGAAGCUGGAGCGCGGCGCGAGGAAGCGCCGGAGGAGACGAUCGAAGACGACGACGGGUACGUAGAGUAUGUCCCGGUGAAGAAGCGCCGGUUGCUCGAGCAGCAGAAGCUCCUCCAGAGAAAGGGCCAGAAUUCGUCGCUGGUGGAGGACGGUAGGGGCGCGGCGGAAUCCAAGCCCAGCCUGCUCGUCAAGGCAUCGCAAUUGAAGAAGGACCAGCCGGAGAUCAGCGUCACGGAGCAGCUAGUGCGGCAGGAGAAGGACAUGAUCGAUCGUCUCUCCGAGAGGAAGACGCUCAUGUCCGUGAGGGAGCUCGCCAAGGGGAUCACUUACACAAAUCCAAUGCAGACCGACUGGAGGCCGCCCUCUCACGUCCGGCACAUGAGCGAGGCCGAGUGUGAUGAGAUUCGCAAGCAGUGGCACAUUCUUGUGGAAGGCGAAGAGAUCCCUCCUCCGAUCAAGAACUUCAAGGACAUGAGAUUUCCCGACCCCAUUCUUCGCAAGCUCAAAGAGAAGUCCAUCACCCGGCCGACGCCAAUCCAGGUACAGGGGCUUCCAGUGAUCCUCUCGGGCAGGGAUAUGAUUGGCAUAGCGUUCACGGGCUCCGGUAAGACGCUUGUGUUCGUUUUGCCGCUCAUAAUGCUCGCACUGCAGGAAGAACAGAGCUCUAGUCUAGGUAGUGGUGAGGGUCCUUUCGGGCUGGUUGUGUGCCCAUCUAGAGAGCUGGCCAGGCAGACCUUCGACGUGGUACAGGAGUUUACGAACGUUCUGCGUGAGAAGAACUAUCCAGAGCUGAGAUCGAUGCUGUGCAUUGGGGGGAUUGAUAUGAGGUCUCAGCUGGAAGUGGUGAAGAAGGGAGUUCACAUCGUGGUGGCGACCCCCGGCCGGCUCAAGGACAUGCUAGCGAAGAAGAAGAUGAACCUCGACCGGUGCAAGUAUCUCACGCUCGACGAGGCGGAUCGGCUCAUCGACUUGGGAUUCGAGGAGGACAUCCGGGAGGUGUUCGACCACUUCAAGGCGCAGCGCCAGACGCUGCUCUUCUCCGCCACCAUGCCGAAGAAAAUCCAGAACUUUGCCAAGAGCGCGCUGGUGAAGCCGGUGGUGGUGAACGUCGGGAGGGCCGGGGCGGCCAAUCUGGACGUGAUACAGGAGGUGGAGUACGUGAAGCAGGAGGCCAAGAUCGUCUACUUGCUCGAGUGCUUGCAGAAGACCCCGCCGCCAGUGCUCAUCUUCUGCGAGAACAAGUCGGACGUGGACGACAUCCACGAGUACUUACUGGUGAAAGGAGUUGGAGCAGUGGCGAUUCACGGUGGCAAGGAUCAGGAGGAGCGAGAGUACGCGAUCGCCUCGUUCAAGCAGGGAAAAAAGGACGUGCUGGUCGCCACGGAUAUCGCCUCCAAAGGACUCGACUUUCCAGACAUCCAGCACGUAAUCAACUACGACAUGCCGGCGGAGAUCGAGAACUACGUGCACAGGAUUGGACGAACUGGGAGGUGCGGCAAGACAGGCAUUGCGACGUCGUUCAUCAACAAGAACCAGAGCGAGACCAUUCUUCUCGACUUGAAGCAUCUGCUCAAGGAGGCGCGGCAGAGGAUUCCUCCGGUUCUGGCGACUCUGGACGAUCCCAUGGACAACGUCGAGGAGGUGGCUAGAGCCAGUGGAGUGAAAGGGUGCGCCUACUGUGGUGGCCUGGGACACCGUAUUGGAGAGUGCCCGAAGCUCGAGCACCAGAAGAGCCAGGCCAUCGCCGGGACGAGACGCGAUUACUUUGGUUCUGGUGGAUAUGGUGGAGAGAUCUAGAGCUGGAAAGCUUGCGAGGAACGAGGAAAAGAAUUGGUGAGCUUGUGUUAUUUUGACAGUGUUGAUUCUUCAAGUUCUGUGGCACUCUUUUCUUA